AUGGACAAAGUUGGACUUCGAUUCCUUUUUUUGAUGUUGUUGGUUGUUGUUGGAGUCAAAUCAGCAUUUGUUGUUGAAGGUUCAGGUGAUUAUGUAUUUGCAUAUACUUCCGACUUGGUAUAUAAUAGAAGGAACUUUACAGGUACAUAUGAAUAUAUAUCAGUUGGAGGUCUAUGUUAUGAAUUCAUACAUGAAGUGGACCUAUUCAAAGACACCAGAGUCAUCAUAUCACGUAGUGUACUUGCCAAGACCAUCAUCAUCUCAUUCAAAGGUUCAGAUACACUAUCAGACUUUAUAACUGAUGUUAGAGGAAACCAAGUAGCAUGUCCAUUUGACUCUGAUAUCAUUGAUUGUGGACUUGUACAUCAAGGAUUCACAUUGGCAUACCUAAGUGUACGCAAUGAUAUCAUAAACUACAUGAAGAAGUUGGAUAAUAGUUAUGAUGUCUACAUCACUGGUCAUUCACUUGGAGGAUCACUUGGAGUACUUGCAUUGGUUGAUAUAUUGAGUGCAAUGAGGAAUAGUACAUUGGCAAAGGAAUCAAUGUCUACGAUUAACUUGGUUACAUUUGGUCAACCCGCAGUCGGUGAUAUAGAGUUCAAUCAAUUCAUAGAUGACAACUCACAUCUAUUCUCUUAUCGUCGUUAUGUCAACUAUGAUAAUGAAUCAAGUACCGAAGAUCCAGUUGUCAAUCUUAUACCAUUCUAUGAGCAUCCAAAUGGUACUCGUCCAAUGACAUUGGCAUGCAAGAAGAGUUGUCCGAGCUCAGUCAAUCCGCUCGGUCUUCACUCGCUUGACCUUUACAAGGAGAGUCUAUACUCUGGCAACUACUCGACAUGCCGCACCAACUGUCGCUUCACCGAGAAGCGUUCAAGUAUCGUGUCCUAUCACUCAAUGUACUGCAUGGUCAGUGCCGAGUCGGAGAUCAUAGUCGAUGUCUCGGGUGACGACCGAUUCAGUCUGUGUGUGCUGAGCGCCGACGAGUUCAGUCGAUACAAGUAUCAAUCCGAUCGUUCGUGUCAUGUUGAGGGUGCCAAUCAGACGACUGUUACGCCGCCCGCCAGUCUGUACACGGGUGGAUUCAAGUCAAGACAAUUGCUAAACUACUCUGGCGACUCAUUCGUUGUGGUGGAGAACCACAACAAGAUAUUCCCAGCAUUCUCUCUCAGCUAUGACAUCUCCCUAUCACAGUUCAUUGCCCCAGCAGACCCUCCAGCAAACAUCGAUGUCCAAUGGUUGAUUACACCAUCAAAUAAUAAUGGUAGUCGAUCGAUCAAUGGCACUGACACUGGAAAUGGCACUGCGAGUAGUGGAUCACCACUACCAACAAUGAAUGAUACAUUGGAGUGGACUAUAACAUGGGAGGCACCAAAGUACUUUGGAAUCAGCACGUCAAAGUCAAACAGUAGCAAUAUACAAUAUAACAUAUACUUCUCGGUCAUUGGAGGCAUGUGGACACACAUUCACUAUAUCGAGCCUAUUCACAUCAAGUCGAUCAACAAGACUGUCAAGGGUAUACCUUUCAAUAGGUAUGCCAUUGUAAUGACUACCGACAACUCACUGGAAUCACAUCCUUCCAGUAUUAUAUACAUUAACCCU